CGAUCUGAUAUCACGAAACCAACAGGUUUUGCGUCUUAAAUCCCGUCAUUGAAGCAUCUUAGCAUUUAGUCGUUCGCUCCAGAGUAUCAAUAUGCGUGCUUCGCUCAUUCUCCUCGCCUUCUCGGCUCUCGCCGCUGCCCAGCUGUCUUCUGAGCCUGUGAAUCAAGAGACUACUACUACUGAGACGUCCAUUGAGACUCCCACCGAUACUGUCAUCGAGACCCCCACCGACUCUACUAUUACCGGUACUACUGGUCUCGAGACUGCAACUGAAACCUCGACCCCGACAACAUCUCAGCCUCUCAUUCCUACCGGAAGCACCCCGGUCAUUGGCUCCUCCAGCUUUGCAACAUCCCCUAGCCCGACCAGCUCUACAAGCACCCGAUCCUCUUCAAGUACAACCAGGGACUCUACCUCCACUUCUACGGCGACUGAGUCUGCUACGUCAACCUCCAACAACCAAGACGCCGAGGAGACGAACUCAGACAACGGCGCAUUCGCGCUCCCCACUGCUAACCCUCUGCUCGGCGUUGGUUUAGCUGGAGCUGCUCUGGCCGCUUUCAUCUAAAAUGGCGACAAAUUGCCCAGCUACGCCAAGUCAAAGCCAGCUGAAGAUAUUCUCCUGAAUCGGUGUUAGCUGGCUUCAUGUAAUGAGGAAUAUGGAUAUGGACAUGGUUUCGAAUUUGCUGUGCUCUCACUCCACGGAGUGCCAUGUAUUAAUGUUUGGGAUCCUUUCUCUUCGAUAUUAUUGAUUUUGCCGGAGAUACUAGGAUAACGGCGCAUAUAGAUUUUUAAUAAUACCAGUAAUAUUUCAACCACC